AUGUCCGACUCAGUGAUCGACCUUGAUCUCACUGAGAUCCAUUUCGACUUCUUCUGUAAGGUCGGGGGCACACCGCAAAUGCUACAUGCAUUGAUAGCUGCCCAGGAGGAUGAUGUCAAGCGCUGGUCUUCUUGUCCUUCAUUUGGACCUUUCAUCCAAAAGCUUUUCGUUCAGCCUCCAAAUGUCUCUCGUCUUGGGCUCAUUCAUCCCACUGGUUGCAUAAGUAUCGAACAGUGUGGGCGCUCCAGCUGUUUCAGAGCUGUGGCUGUUGAAGCUCCCGUUGAUGAUGCAGCCUCUGUCACCCUCCAUAGGCCAUCAGACGGCGAGCCUUUUCCCUUCCCCAUCAGAGAUAUUCUAGCCAAAUUCUAUGAAUACGGGCAGUAUGAACUCCACAAGGUUCGGAUAGCAAUCCGCUUCGACAACAAAACAAUCAAGUAUGUGGAUGCACAGGCAUUUCCAUCUGAAAACUUUCCCGAGUCUCGCAAUAAGGGUCAGCUCAAAAAAUUCAACACUGUUGAUAGCGUGGAUGAAAGACAUGAUGUGGUAGAUUGUGGCCGUCGUUGCAUGAAACUCGACAUUCCAACUGCCUUCAAGGAGCAUCUUGAAGUUAUUGAGGACCGAAUGAGGGACAACGGCUACAACAUCAAAAUUCAUGUCCCAGAUGAUAUCAUUGAGAGCGAGAUUUCAUGGCUUGAAGGUUUGAACAAGGAUUCUGACUAUGAUUCUUUCGACUUGGGUGCUCAUAUGGAGGUCGCCUACUUUAUGCCCUUAAUCUGUAGUGCAGUUCUGGGCACAAUCAAGAAUGGAGAGUUUGCCGUAUUUGAAGAUGAUGAUGGGGACUUUGUCUUGCGCGAAAACCACAAAAUCGACGAUCGCUUCCUUCCCAAGGCGGCGACUAAAAAGAAGUGA